UCUGGGCCCAAGAUAUGUCAGAGCAGCAAGCGAACCCAGAAAGUCAUGGCACAGUUCGUCGUGACAGGUUGAUGGAGGUGCCGCCCCGCACCGGCAAGGCAACAGCGUGGACAGCUUAUCACGCGGGUCUUCCUCGUUCUGCAUGUCUACAACCCAAUCACCAUGCACCGCGUGCGCGGUGGAUUGCGGAGGCACAUUCAACGAAUUGGACGUCGACGCGAGACGCAGAUUACUCUGACCCCUCGCUGGGCAGAUACAGGCCAGGGCGCGACGCUGGGAACCAAUGACGCAGCGACCCACGAGACGCAGCAAAACUACGCGGACCAGGACUGGGCCCUGGGCACAGAGGACACCGCGGUGCACCAGGAACAGAAGAUGCCCGCUCACCAGAGAACGAUGCUGGGUCCCAACGGCCACGGAGCGACAGUAUUACGAAGACCAGGGGACGGCGCUAAGCACAGAAGGACACCGCAAAUAACGAGUUGCAGCAGAGCUUCGCAGGCCAGGAUGAGACGCCGAGUAACAAAGACGCCAAUGCGCACGAGGAGCAACAGAACGGGCAGCAAGGACGGCGACGCGGCGCACGAGCUACAGCAGAGUUGCGCGGACCACGACGAAACGCUGUGCGCAGAGGACAUCCGAUGACACCGCGAAGCACGAGGAGCAGCUGAGCUUCGCAGACCAGGGGACGACGCUUGGCAAUUAGGGCGCACGGCCGGGCGACAGGAACUCCCAGGCGCGCGAGAUACAGUACAACACCGACCAGGACGUGACGCUUGGCACCAAGGGCACCGCGACCCUUGAGGAACACGGCUUUAUAAUCCAGGAGAAGGCGCUGAACACCAAGGACCCCGCGGCGCACGAUACGCAGCAGAGCUACGACGACCAGGACACAACGUUGGGCGCGCAGGGGCGCGAAGAAGACAAGGUUUUUGCGGCGCGCGAGCUUUCCCAGACCUCGUGCGCGACGUCGUGGGGAGGCGUCUGGAAGAGGGCCACGUGGUGACGUCCGCGCGGAUGUACUAACACCAAGCUUCACGAGUGGAUGGAAGAGGCCGUCAUCGAGUGGUCCCGCGACGGUGUCUUCGAGCGGGUCGACGCAGGGGACUUCGCUUGGAUAGUCGGGGCGCGCGGCGAUUGGCGCGCAUACGCAGCCAGCGCCGAAGAGGAGCAGCGCGACGCCGAGAGCGCCAAAUAUGAUAUCGACAUAGAGUGGGAGGCAGCUGCCUAGCAGGCAUCUGCGAGUGGGUGCCACCCUGCCCGCGCACCCCUGCGCGGGGAGAGCCCGUGCAGGAAGGGUCAGAGCGCCGCGUGGCGCGAGCGACCUCCCGCAACGGGAACGCAGCGAACACUAGUAGCAGAGCAGUAGCCCCCGAACCGGCCUGGACACUCGAUCGAUCGAUGUGUUUCCCCCCCGCCCCUCUCCCAUCCUCCGCUCGUCUCCU